CGGUGUGUACCCGCUUGCUUAUACCAUCCAUUUUCACGGUAUAAUUAGUCGGGCUCUCUUCUCUCCCGACGCAGUCUUCCGCUUCCUCUCCAGACGAAUUCUUCCGCUCCAGGCACUCUCUCUUCCUCUCCAGGCGCUCUCUCUUCCUCUCCAGACGCCAUCUUGCUCUCAUCCCAGUAUAAAUAAUACGGUCAUUAAUCCGAUACUGCACCAAACGCUUGACUAAUUUAGUCAGUACUAUCCGGUGGCUAUUUAUCCUAUCCGACAUAGUCAGUACAGUCCGAGCUGCCAAACGAGGCAUUGGGGGCUUCUCUGCCGCUUACGUUGUCGUCUUCCUUCUACUCGAGCCUGCCGAAGGAGCUUCUUCUUAUAGCCGAUUACUCGUCAAAAACUCGGAAAUUCAAUGGAAGAAAAACCUUCCGGUUCGCCGGCGAGCUUCAUCGACAAGCCAGUGAUUCCCGGCGAUGUGGUUCUCGACCUCUCCGACAUGACUAACCAAACCAUCAAGCUCGGCGGCGGUCUCCGCCAGGAUUUUGAUUCAAUAGUUGCGAUGAAGGCUGGUACUUUGAGGUUUACGAAGCUAAACAAGUAUUGGGUCGAAACAUCUCAGAAAAGGUAUGUGCCUUGUGUGGGGGACUCGGUACUUGGAAUCGUGGCGGAUUCGAGAGCAGAUAAUUUUCUGGUGGACAUUAAAGGACCUACAUUGGCGUAUCUGCCGGUGCUUGCUUUCGAAGGAGGAACUAGGCGAAACAUACCAAAGUUUGAGGUGGGUACAUUGCUGUAUGUUCGGGUUGUGAAGGCAAACCCUGGCAUGAAUCCUGAGUUGUCAUGCACUGAUGCCAGUGGAAAAGCAGCAGAGUAUGGUAUCCUUAAAGAUGGCUACAAUUUUGACUGUUCGACUGGCCUUUCAAGAAUGUUGCUGAGAUCACCAAGAUGUCCAGUUCUCGAGGAACUUGGGAAGAAAAUUUCCUUUGAAAUAGCAGUUGGUUUGAACGGCCGUGUUUGGGUCAAUGCUGGUUCGCCAUCUUUGAUCAUCGUCGUUUCUAAUGCAAUCAUGAACUCGGAAUCUCUGACUGGAGUGCAGCAGAGAAUCAUGGUGGAUAAACUCAUUCAGAAUUUGAAGUUAUCAACAUGACAAUGCAAGACCUGCAAGCUUUGCAGCUGUCAAAUUCACCCGUUGUGUUGUCCACAAGACAUUUUGCGACGAGGGUUAAGAAGACGAUGAAAUCCCGCGAUCGCAAUCUCAUAUGGUAAAACAUUCUCGAGCACGAGCCUUAUGACUUGUGUGAACCCGUUAAAGCAGUAGAUGGUAUGAAACUAUUUCUUAACUCUUAACCUAAAUUUUGUUACUUGAGCGGGGGAAUUCGUCGUGUUAAUCGAUAAUCUGUCUAUUGAUUCUGCAUUUUUUUCCCAAAUGAAAUUCGACUCAGUGCCAAGAUAUUCAAAUGUUACAGACGAUUUCAAGGUUACAAUGAUGGUCUUGUUCUUUUUACCCCUGUGCUCAACGUGACAACACACAUGUCUUUGUUGACGACGAAAUUAUUGUACUACUUGUGUCAUCUUGCCAGAAAUUGGCCAAGCAAUAAAUGAUGAUUUCGUUUUA